AUGACGGCAACUUCGACGACUCUUCCUGGAUCUCACAAAAACGGCAGUCAUGGUUCAUAUUCUCAACAACGACAGAACGGGGACACGGGCAGAUCUGAUGUUUGUGUUGUGGGGGCCGGGCCAGCCGGCCUGAUGCUCGGGUCUUUGCUUGCGAGAUUCGGUCAACGCGUCCAAGUCAUCGACGAAAGACCAGACCAGACGACUGUCGGCCGCGCGGAUGGAAUCCAGCCCAAGUCCAUCGAGACGUUGCAGAUGCUCCGCCUCGGCGACGAGCUUAUCCGCACCGGAGUCAGGGUCCACGAUAUUUGCAUGUGGCAGAGCUCCAACGAUGCCGACCUGCGUCGGCUGAGCCGGUCCGUCCACUACCCGGCAUCCGUCGUUGAUGUUUUGCAGCCGUACAUCCUGCUGUGCCAUCAGGGUAUGAUGGAGGCUGUCUUCAUCGAGGACCUUCGGAAGAGCGGAGUCGAAGUCCAGCGCAGCCACAGCUUCCAAAACUACCGCUCCCUAGACGACGGCUCUCUACAGAUUGACUGCGAUCGCGCUGAUCUGGGUCCGACGGAAAUCAACUCGGAAUACCUCGUCGGUUGCGACGGGGCGCGGUCUUUGGUACGAAGAAGCAUUCCCGGCACAUACGCCCAGGGGACGCCGCACACCUCGGUCUGGGGUGUAUUGGACGGCGAGCUGGAGACGGACUUCCCGGACAUCUGGAGCAAGACGGUCGUCUUCUCGGAGCCACAUGGGUCCAUCCUCAUCAUCCCUCGGGAACGCAACAUGACCCGAUUCUACAUAGAGAUGAAGUCUUCAACCUCGUCGAAGGACCUGGGCGAGGAGUACGUUAUGAAACAGGCGCAGCUGAUACUCGCGCCUUACAGCGUCAAAUGGCGCUCCGUGGAGUGGUUCGGCAACUACCAAGUCGCCCAGCGCGUGGCCGCGCGCUUCUCGGAUGCGAGCCGACGAGCCUUCAUCGCCGGAGACGCCAGCCACACGCACAGCCCAAAAGCCGCCCAGGGCAUGAACACGAGCAUUCACGACUCGUGGAACCUGGGCUGGAAGCUGAAUCUGGCGUUACGCGGGCUCGCCAAGGAGGGCGUCCUGUUGGGCACAUACGAGCAGGAGCGCAAGAAGAUCGCGCACGACCUCAUCGACUUCGACUUCGAACACGCCAACGAGAUCGCCCGCGGCGACGCUAAGCGUCUGGCAGAGAAUUUGAAGACCAACACGCGCUUCAUCUCGGGCGUCGGCGUCGAAUACGGCGAGAACGAGCUCAAUCGAGGAUGCGGAGAACCCGUCAAGGGCUCCGCUAAGCCGGGCUGCAAUCUCCCACCCGCAAAGCUCACUCGGUAUAUCGACGCAUGUCCCGUAGACGCUCAGCUGGACAUUCCCAUUCUGGGGCAGUUCCGCGUCUACGUGGUGUCGGACAAUGUGUCGGGCGCCGCGGGCGCCUCGUUCUUGGGCGCCUUUAGUGACGGCAUCACGCGGCCGUCUUCUUUGGUCUCGCGCCUGUCGAGGGCAGCAGCUCGGUCGCACGAAGCGAAGCCCCGGGCCAGACGUGCCGAUGACAUAUAUGUUCGCCCUGAGAGAUACACUUCAGUCAGUCAACUUUGCACAUUUGCCCUCAUCACAUCUACGGACAAGAACGAGUUCGAGAUUGCUUCUCUGCCGCCCUUGCUUGCUCGGAGUGGCUGGACGGUAUACCUGGACGAUGCGGCGCACCUGGACACACAAGGCCGGUCCUGUACGGACAAGUGGCUGGGCGGUCUCGUCCCCAACGAAGCUGGGGUGAUCGUCGUGCGACCGGACGGUUACGUAGGGUCGAUUAGCCGUUGGAGCACUACAGAUGCCCGCUUCGGCGAGUUGGCGGCACAAUGGCUGGAUGGCUACUUUGGUGGCUUCUUACAAGCAGCGGACGGCUAUUAA